AUGAGUGACGAAGAGUUCAGUUCCGAUUCAGGCAACGACAAAAUCGCCUUAACGGCUCGUAAAGUGGUGCGUUUCCUUCUGUCGAACGCCGAGGCGUCGAACGGCAUCGUCACGAAAAGCAGGCUGCAAGUGGUCGUACGGACUGUUUCCGAGCAAUUGAACAACGACCGGAAGAUACCGAUGAGGGUGAUCAUUGAGCAUGUGAACGGGAUCCUGUGGGAUGUUUACGGGUUCCGUUUACUGGGGAUCCCGCCAAGAGGCGAGAGCAGUACCGCGCAGCCCGCGUUGGCCGAUCCGAGCAAAGCGGACCACUUCCUCCUCGUUAACAAGCUACCCUGGCGCAAACAUUUUGACGAGUUCAAGCUGUCGCAAGUGAGUUCCACGUACGAUAAGUUAAUCGUCGAUGGGGAGUACGUCGGCGGGGAAAUGUCUCUGUCAGAUGCAACUGCCGCAGGCACAAAACUGGGUGUUGACGAGGAUCUCGUUUGCAAGGGGCUUACCGCCGUGGCGCUCUCGAUCAUCUUAUUCUCCAGAAACAACAUCGUACAACGAGAACUACUGCACCACUUGAGUGAGUUCGGCAUCCCGAUAGACGGCACACGGAUCCCCAUUCUCGAGUGGUCGAUCGACGAGUUCCUAAGAUGGCUCGAGCGCCGUGAGUACGUGGUGCGCGCGCAAGACAAGACAGACCUCGAGGGGAGCAGCACGCUGUACCGCACGGGCCGCCGCACGCAGACGGAGUUCCCGCUGCCCAGCCUCGUCCAGCUCGUGCGCGAGACAAUGGCGCUGACCCCAGAACAAGCGGCUACUUUGGAAGACGACAUCCGCCAGAGCGUCGCGGACGCCUACGGUCCCGUGCCCACGGAACAAGACUGA